AUGGCCCCUUAUGAAGCUUUAUAUGGAAGACUGUGUCGUUCCCCCGUGUGUUGGACUGAAGUUGGAGAUAGAGCAUUGCUAGGGCCUGAAAUUGUGCAGUUGACAACUGAAAAGGUCCAACGUAUCCAAGAAAGAUUAAAAAUGGCCCAAAGCAGACAGAAGAGUUACGUGGAUAACCAACAAAGGGAUUUGGAAUUCGACGUGGGUAGUCAUGUGUUCGUAAUAGUCACCCCAAUGAAAGCGCAUCUGAGAUUCGGGAAAAGGAGUAAGUUAACACCCCGAUAUAUUGGUCCCUUUCAGAUUCUGGAGAUAGUGGAUCCGGUAGCUUAUCGAGUUGCCCUUCCGUCAAAUAUGAGCCAAGUCCAUAACGUGUUCCAUGUCUCUAUGCUCCGAGGAUACCUUCCGGACCCGUCACAUGUAAUAGAUUAUCACCAGAUUGCGUUAGAUGACAAGUUAACUUAUGAAGAGACACCAAUUCGAAUUAUGGAUCGACAAGUGAAGCAAUUACGAAAUCGAGAGAUUCCAAUGGUAAAAGUCGAAUGGCAAGAACAUUACGGAACUGAAGCAACUUGGGAAAAAGAUGAGGAUAUGCAACACCAGUAUCCGCAUCUGUUUUCGUCCUGA